CCCACAGGAAAAAAGUAGUGGGAGAAAAAAUUCUUUUUGUAUCCAAUGCCAUGAUGGUGAUAGUGAUGAUGAUGAUGCUUACAAUCAAUCUUUUUACAACACCCAAUUCCCUUCUCUCUCUAUAUCUCUCUGUUUUUCUCUCUAAAAAUUAUGAUAAAUUUUUUUGUUCAUUAGCUCUCUCUGUAAAUGGAAAUCAAUUACAGGGACAGCCAAUGAAAGGCAAAUCCAUUAAGAUAGGCGAAUGGCGAUGGAAGAGAAGUGUGGGUGUUGGGCUAUUUUAAGACGCAGUGUUAGUGGUAACUGUAAACCCUCUGAUUCAAGAAAUUCUGCAAACUCAAUCCCUAAAAGUAGUCUUGUUUAUGAUGCAGUUACAGAGACAAGAUACCUCAAUGCCAGCAACCGGGGAAUGUGUGCUCCAGAUGAAGCACGAAGCUCAUCUGAAGAUCCCAAAUCAAAUCCACUACCAGCAGAAAAAGAUGCACCCCGCCAACUGCUGCAAUUUUCUUUCCAGGAGCUAAAGUCAGCAACCGGAAAUUUUAGACCGGAUAGCAUUCUCGGCGAGGGUGGAUUUGGAUACGUCUUCAAAGGAUGGAUUGAGGAGAAUGGUACAGCACCUGCGAAACCUGGGUCGGGGACCACAGUUGCAGUCAAGAGUUUGAAGCCAGAUGGUGUUCAAGGCCAUAGAGAAUGGGUGGCUGAAGUCGACUUUCUUGGACAGCUUCAUCACUCUAAUCUGGUUAAGCUAAUUGGAUAUUGCAUUGAAGAUGACCAAAGGCUACUGGUUUACGAAUUUAUGACCCGUGGAAGCCUUGAAAAUCAUCUUUUCAGAAGGACCAUACCUCUUCCUUGGUCCAACAGGAUAAAAAUUGCACUUGGAGCGGCCAAAGGAUUAGCCUUUCUCCACGGAGGAACUGAACCUGUCAUUUACAGAGAUUUCAAGACGUCAAACAUUUUGCUCGAUACGGAGUACAACGCAAAGCUUUCAGAUUUUGGUUUGGCAAAAGCUGGUCCUCAAGGUGACAAAACACAUGUUUCAACAAGAGUCGUUGGCACAUAUGGUUAUGCUGCUCCAGAAUAUGUAAUGACAGGUAUAUAAUAACCCUUACUCUAAUCAAUCCUAGAAAUGUAAGGCAAUGUUCAGUUUAUCUGAGGUAAUAAUAAGCAUUAUUAAUGUCAUUAUCUUUGACGUGAUUUCAAAAAUUUUUAAACAUGAAAAUUAUAUUGACGGUAACAUCAUAGUUAGGAAAAUAGCACCACUGGUCCCCAACAUAAUGCCCUUUUAGCUAGUUGGUCCUCAACAUCUAAAAUAAGCAAGUUGCUCACAAACAUUUCUUUAUAGUUGC